CCCAUAGUAGGAGAACAGGCAACAGGCACACAGGGAGAAAGAGAGAGAGAGAGAAGUCAGGAAAGUCCAACAACAACGGCAGCAGGGAGCGGGAGAGAAGAAGGGUGGAAAAAAGAAAACAAAAGAAAAGGAUAGAAGAAGGAAGAAGGGGGAGGUGAAUGUGAGAGGGAGGUUAGCGGGAAGGAGAGAGAGAGGGAAAGAGAGAGGGAGAGAGAGAGAAGGAAAACAAGCAGAAAGAAGGGGGGGUGAGUGGAAGCCGAGGGGUGGAUGAGAAAAACAGGCCGUGUGAAUGGGCCAGGAGCGCGGGGAGCUGGAGAGAGGAGGAAGCUGCCGCCACCGCCGCCGCUGCUGCUCCCGCUCCGACUCCUCCUGCUCCUCCUCCUCCUCCUCCUGCCGCUCACCUCCUGAGUCAAAGUGGCCUGUGGACUCCCGCCAGCAUGCACUCCCCCGUCUUGGACGCGUCCGCGGCGGCGAUGCGGGGUCCAGGGCCCGGCUACGUCCUCCGACGGCCGUCCGCCGCCGACUCGCGCUGCUACUGUCACCUCUGCGCUCGCGAUAGCAGGCCCUCGAUCACGACGGCCCCUACCGCCCUGGCGCCCGAGUUCCGCCCCGGGACCCGCGUGAGGGCCUCGCCGGAGGAAGAGGAGGGAGUCGCCGCAUUGGAGGGGCCCCGCGCCAGACGGCCGUUCCCCUCGCAGAGGAGGAGCAGGAGGGGGAGCGGGGAGGAAGGGCCGGAGAGGAACGGUGUCAACGGAGGCCACGUCCCGCCCAAGAACACGUCGAGGAGAGUGGACUUUUACCUGGGGCCGGACCACUGCUCCGUAGCGGGGGACCACACGCCAGGCUUCCCGCGGGAGUGGGACCCGUGCUACUCCCCCCCGCCACCGCCCCCGCGGUGGAACUGGCCGGCGGUGGAGCCGUGCCACGAGCACUGCGCCUGCACGAGGGACGCGUGGCCGGAGUGGGAGAGGACGCCUCUGCCCCCGCUGCCGCGACCUCCAUGCUGCUACUCGCCCGAGAGACAACCCCCCGGUGGCACCCGUGUGCCGCACCAGCCCCCGGCGGACUUCAGGGCUCAUCCGAGGCACCACCAGGCGCUCGUCCACGGCGGCCUGGGGGAGCCCUGCUGGGAGUGCCUGCGAGACCACUACUGGAGGGACGCGCGCAGGCCCGACCUCAUCGCCGUGGACCCCGUGUGCGGCGGAUACAACGGGCAGCACCGGCCGGCCCUCAGCCCCGCGCUCUCGUACGGCCACGAGCGCCAGAGACUCAGCAGGCAGACGAGCCCCGAGCACAGGAACUUUAACGGGCCCUCGCCAGGCCCGAGAACCUUCUUCGCCACCGAGGUUCCCCUGGCAAAGCUACGCGGGUCCUACGCGGAGGAACCCGGUUCCUGUCGGCCCAAGAGCGCGAACGGGCCUCAGAGGAGGGAGCCUGAGCAAGACGGCAGCCGUAAGGAGACGGAGAAGGAGACGGAGAAGGAGAGUGUGUCCGGAGCGGUGGAUCAACAGGGCAAAGUGAGGGAGCAGAUCCGGAGGGUGGUGGGAGACCUGGAGGAGGUGCUAGGAGGCCUGAAGCAGGUUCACCUGGAGAUGAAGGAGGUUGUGCAGCAGAUUGACGUCUUGACCUCUAGCAUCGACGUUGAGGAAGACGAGCCGGGCAGACGGACUUCCCAGGAGCCCGUGCUGCAGCAGCAUACGGUCCACCACGAGGUGAAGGCCCUCGUCCACCGGCCGGCCGGCGCUCGCAGCUCACAGGAGCAGAAGCAACAGCAGCCAGAGCAGCAGCAGCCACUGGGUAUUAACGGCCACCACACACCUACUCCGGGACCCCCAACCCCCACCCCCACCCCCACCCCCAAGCCCUCCACCUGCCACCCUUCUGUCACACGGCAAGGGCACACCACUGCCGGUGACCUGCCCCGGGUCGCGGCCCUGAUCCCGGGCCACGAGGCCGCUAAGGACCGGAGUAAAAUGAACGGCAACUGCGUGGCCCCUCGGCCGCCCCGGGACCGGGUCAAAGACGCCCAGAGGCGACGGAUAGAGUUGUCGUCUCCGUCCGGCUUGCUGAUUGCCAACGGCGCCGCCAACACCGCCACCACCACCACCUCCGUCAAGGGCCACAAGCCUCCGCCCUACCCCAACCACAACGGGCGGGUGGAGACCCUCCACAAGGACUCGGACGUGUCCCUGGGCGCCCUGCGGACUGCUGCCCACACGGGGAAGGGCAGGCAGCUCUCCACGGCCGUGUGAGGUGGAGCUGGGGUUGGGGGGUCGGUGCAGGGAAUGCUCCGGAGAUGGAGUCUCCCACCUGGUUGCCAUGGACACGACUGCUCGGCUUGCUUGAAGAGGAACGGCCCAGGAAGCCAUGUGUCUGGGCUACUCAGGGUAUUGAAGCCAAAGAGGGGGAGAGAGUGGGAGACGUGAAGAGAGACAGGCUGGGGGAGUGCUGAGAGCUGGAGGAGGCUCGCAGCCUGAAGGGGGAGGCAUUUCCAAAGGAAUGGAACACUCCGGAACAUCCUGCAACGCACCGGCAGACUCCAACCCUCCCCAGUGUUCAUUCAGUCAAGAUCAACUACAAGUCCUCAAGGGGACACUUACUGAGCACAGGCACUUGUCCUGUGUGUCUAAGUGUGUGUGUGUGUGUGUAUUCUUUGUACGGAUCUGGGCCAUGGUGUGUGUGUGUGUGUGUGUGUGUGUGUGUGUGUGUGUGUGUGUGUGUGUGUAUGUGUGUGUGUGUGUGUGUGUGCUUGAGAGAGCUGUGUAUGUCUGUGAUACAUGCACAUGUGUGUUUGUGUGUAUGUGUGUGUCCACACACACAUUUCUAGUUACCUCAGACUGAGGAUGGACAUGCAAAAUAUUACCAAAGAAACAUCUGAGAACUCUCUGAGUUUCAGGAUUUGAAAAAGAAAACAAAUCCUCUCUUAGGCACAAAGUAAUCCUGUAUUGAUGAAAAAGUGUCUGUAUUUUUGCUGCUCUGAUAUUUUCAAAUAAGCUCUGCUAUGCUUGGCCAGUCACCACCUGGCUAAUGUCACCUUAUCUGGUGUGAGCACACGCCUGAAACUUCACUCUUCUGAGGGGAUAUAUAAACUGUGAGGAAUGGCGAUACUCUCUCCACUUUUGGAUUAGUGUUUUCAUACAAAAGCUAUUACACAAAUAAUGUGUUGGAACUGUAGCCAAAGCACUUAAUCCUGAGAUAAAACAGUUGUAACUGGUCUUCCUGUUGUUUCAGUGUAUCUGUCAAUUCUGAAUUGCCACCAGUGGAGGGCGCCGUUGCACACACCAGGAGCCAAACGCGGCAGUCCUGGACAAAUGUGUCUGUGGGUCGAUAUUGUUCUUGGGAGGGAAAGACAGAGAUGUCAAAGUAGAACAGUUAAGAUAAGAUUAAGUGGUCUGAGAAGAGUAAUUUAAUGCUUAAGACAAUUACAUGAAUAAACUUCACUCUCAGAAAUCAGUAUCUACUUCUAAAGAAACAGCAGAAAAGAGAGUUAGUCAGACCUAAGACAAAGAAUUCAUUUGAAGGGGAAAAAAAAGGAUUUUGUUUUCUUGGAAGUGAGUCUUUUAAUAGCUUCAAGAUGAAGACAGGAUGCAGUCUGCCCUGAUACAUUUUCCACGCUCCAGUUCAAACACUCAAAAUGAAAUCAGCCUCUCUUCCUGUGAUUUCAUUAAAAUGUCUUUCCAUCUCAGAA